CAUUAGUUACAGCCUCUCAAUUAGAGACCUUGUGUAUGUGUGUGUUCCCCUUUGAAUGUGAGCCCAUUCAUAGAGAGAAUCCACAUCUGACAGUGUCUACUCCAGCUGUAGUGCAUGUGUGUGUGUGUGUGUGUGUGUGUGUGUGUCACACUGAAUGACAGAAAGAGAGAGGGAGAGAGAGAGGGAGCGUGAGAGGGAGCGGACAGGCUCAUAGGGGAGAUCUCAGCAGGGGUAACAGAUCUGGAUUUGCUCGGCUGAAAACACCAAACACAACGAGAUGGAUUUCUGCACAACGUGACCGCGACCGAGGAACACCCGCAUCACACAUUAAAAAAGCCAGGAUGUCAGGAAUGGACGCCCUGUUGGUGGACCAUAAUGAGACUGAAAUCUCUCCAAUAGACAAUGGGACCUUCCUCCGUUUCUCCCCAACCUCUGCUUCCACAUCUGCGGCUGCCUCGUCAACAGGACGUCCGGGCAACGUUUAUGUUUACGUGUGGCUCUUUCUCGGCCUGCUGGUAUUCCUCCUGACGCUGCUCAUCAUCUCCCUCCACAGGCUGAAAAACAUCAUCUCCUCCUCCUCAUCUGUCCCCGACUGCAGCAGUGAGGGAGGGAGCUCCUUCACCAACAUGGAAAUCUGUAGCAUCUCGUCUCAGAGGUCCACCAUUUCCUCAUUGUCCACCUAAGGGAGAUGGGAUGGAGCACAUACAGACACAUAGACGUACAGUAUAUGUCCAUGUGCUUACAUGGUAAGCAUGCACACACACAAAGCCCAUGGAGGUCCAGCGCCUUCUCACUGUGACAUACAAAUACAAAAACACUUUGUCAGCCACAAAGAAGCGGACAGCAUGGCAUUAUAGUACAUUUCAUGCAUGUAUAUUCUAAUUCCGGUGGGCCAGUGAGUCAGGUAUGUCCAUGCCAUUUGCAUAGGCACAGGUGAAAUAUAGCUCACAAUGUGAUGAAGGGGUAUUGAGACUGACUGAACCCUUUUGAGCCUUAUUUCAACGACAAAGAGAGAUGAACCUGAGAAACUGCUCUUCCUCAGCAGGAGAAAGCAUAGGAACUAUUAUCUUUCCUCACUGUUUUUGUAAAGUUAAUUUAUUGUACUGUACCUGUCAUAUUUACUGUGGAACAAAUAAUAUUGCUUUAUAGUGUGUACAGCAUGUCUCAUAAUGUCUGUAGACUACAGUACAUUGCCAAAUCAGAAUUACAAUAAUAUUUAAGAACAUACAUUGUACAGAAAUGCAUGCUUGUGUCUCAGUUGUUCAGUAAGACUUUGGGAUGCUGUAACUCUUUUUUUUUUUACCACAUAGCAAAUUUCUGUAUGAUUCCCCUGGGGAAAGGACAAGACAUCCUGCUCUGGAUGUAAAGGUGAGAAAGAAAUGAGGGCUGUGUCUUAGACUGUUGACAGGCAGUCAGCCUCUGACUGCAGCUGUAGACCAGGUCAAAAGUGGCAUAAACAACAAGAUGAAAUUCUGGUCCUGAAAGACAGUUGGAGUCUCCAAAGUGACUGACACUCUGAGAGCUCUGUGCAGCUGUCAGCCUCGUCUAUAUUCCAAGUAUAACUACAAUAAUGGUUGUUUCGGCUUAACAUACAUCAUUUUUGUUUUAAUACCGUAAGAUGUUUCUUUGACAUUGACAACAAAAAUACACACUCAGAACAAAUUAUUAGAAAAAGGUUAAUUCAUCUUUGUCACACUUUUCCAUAAAAUUCAAUAUCAACUGACGGCUCAGAGAGCAGUGAUGAUGGCUACGAGGCCACGGACAAUACAAGGAGUCAUUUCUGUCAGUGUUCUUAUCAAUAAAUCCUCAUUUUUUUCAGUUGAUGGUACUGUGUCAGCCAAACUCUUUGGUUGCCCAAUCACAGUGUUGACUAUUGGUUCAUUAUCUCAGCUGUUGACAAAUAUGUAUGGUUAUUAUGUCUAGAACCUGUUUGGUUUAAAGUACAAAAAGAUGUUUUGAAUAAUAGCUAAAUGUUGGUUUUCAAGUUAACCAGGAAGUAAACUCAUUGUUUUAGCCUGGUGAUGUUAAAAGAAUAACCCCCUGAUUGAACCCCCUGACUGUGUUUUGUUAUAUUAAAGCUCACAUUUUCAGUUCUAGUCCUGCAAACACAAUCAUCCAGUGAAAGUAGAUUACAUUAUUUUCCUUGCAUGAUUUACUGUACUGGAUGUAACUGCAAAUCUGACUUUUGUCCCUGGAUUAAAUGAAUGCCACUAAGGAUUCCAUCUUCUCUUA